AUGUUUCCAUCUGCUUGUCAUUACCUUAAGUUCAUUGAUGCUUUUGAUAAGUGGCAAAUUAAGGGAUUCCAAGUCAAGAAUGGCGGUGCAUUCCGACUGGAUCAUUCCCUUCCCGACACCUAUACGGACUUUAUCGCGUCCGGAGGCCCUGACGGUUACGCCUGGAACGUAAUCCGCUCUGAAGCCGACGAACUCUUGUUCGAGCACGCAGGUAGCUGCGGUGCAAAGAUAUUCGAAAUGACUAAGGCCACAAGUAUCCACUUCGAAACCCUUCCUAGUACCAAUGAAGCAGAUCAAGCAUCCCGGAUGGAUACUUCUACUCUAGGACGACCCCUAUCGGCGACCUGGAGUCAUCGGGAUGGUUGUAAUGGAACGAUUUUCUUCGACUAUCUAGUCGACGCCAGUGGAAGACAGGGAAUCCUUAGCACUAAGUACCUGAAGAACCGCAAGUUCAACCAGGGACUCAAGAACGUAGCCAACUGGGGAUAUUGGACGGGCGGUGGUGUCUACGGUGUUGGAACUUACAAGGAGGGUUCGCCCUACUUCGAGGCUUUGACCGACUCCAGCGGAUGGUGUUGGUUCAUCCCUUUAAACAACGGUACUCAUUCGGUGGGUAUCGUCCAGAACCAACAGAUCGCUACAGCUAAGAAGCGAUUGCUCGAAUACCCUUCCACCAAGGAUUUCUACCUGAGUUCUCUCGAUCUCGUGCCCGGUAUUAAGGGCCUCCUAUCUAAUGGAGAAUUAAUCUCCCAAGUUCACUCGGCUUCCGACUGGUCUUACAGCGCUUCGUCAUAUGCGCUUCCCUAUGCUCGUAUCGCUGGUGAUGCUGGAAGCUUCAUUGACCCUUUCUUUUCAUCCGGUGUACAUUUAGCCUUCCUUGGAGGACUUUCGGCAGCUGUGACCAUUGCUGCCUCCAUCCGUGGUGACUGCGACGAAGACACCGCCGCCACAUGGCACACCAAGCGAAUCUCGGAGAGUUAUACUCGCUUCUUGCUGGUGGUCCUGAGUGCAACAAAGCAGAUCCGUCACAGUAACGAACCGGUCAUCCAUGACUUUGACGAGGAGAGCUUUGAGAGAGCAUAUGAUCUCUUUAGACCAGUAAUCCAAGGAACGGUCGAUGUCGACGCCACUACCAAGACGAAGCUCACACAAGCAGAGAUCUCCAAGACGGUGGAGUUCUGCUUCCGUUCCUUUGCCGACGUACCACAAGAGAAGAAGGAUGCCCUGAUGGAGAAGUUGAAGGGAUACGGUCUAGGGGGUGGCUCCGACGAUGAGAAGACCACCAAGACCAUCGAAGAGGUUAAGGAAGCUCUCACACCAGAGGAAUCCCAAAUCCUCGACAUUCUCCGAGGACGACGGAUGGUGCGAGGAGAGGAUUCGAUCAAUCUCGUUAACUUUACUCGAGAUGUGAUUGACGGACUAAUUCCUAACAUGGAGCGUGGAAAGCUCAGUCUGGUCAAGGCGUGUCCCGUCGCACCCAGCUCAGCGCAGCUAUUCUCGGUCUCGUACCUCAGAGGUGGUCGACCGGACAUCAGAACCCAACGGGGGGACAAGUCUUCUAAGGCUGGAGUUGAUCAGUGUACAUCCAUGGAUGGCAAUGUGUAAAGGUCACUCUGGGAUCGUACUCGGAGAUUUGGGAAAGAGUUUGGUCUCUUUAUUUUGUUUUUUCCUUGUUGGUCCAACCUGAAGAUUGAGGUUUUGCUAUGUUUUUUACGACGCUAAUUUGUAUGGCAUUUUUCUGUUGAGCACGAUGGCUGUCAUUAGUUGCAGUGGCUUACUCUUUGUGGGAUCGCGGUUCUAGAUACUUCAUUUUCCUUAAUUGACUCCUGUUUACCUAAAACUAGGGGCCCAUUGCUUCGAGCCUAUGUUGUG